CCACGAUGUACAAUCGUCGUUCGUACGGAGUCGAGGCGAUAGGAGACUCUACAGACACAGAUAGUUCUCGCGCCGGACGCACGCUCCGCUCCACAGAUAACAUCUUAAAAAAACAGAUGUCUUCGAAAGUGAGUUUGUUUGCUUGAGUGAUUAGAGAAGCGAACGAGGGAUAUACCACCGAGUAUACUGUGCAUUGAAAUGUGAAUUAUGUGCGCGAAGUGUUAAAGUCGAAAUUUGUUUGUGCGUACACUGUUUAUCCCGAUGAAGUUUCCCGUGUAAUAACUACAGUUUUUAUAUUAGUUUAUUGAAAAUCUUUAGCCAUGGAGACGGAGGAGCUUACGAAACUUGUCGAUGGAAUCUAUAAGAAUAUCCUGGACAAGUUCAAUCCGGGUGCCCGGCAGAUGAUAACUGCUGGAAAGGCAUAUUUAAAAGCUCUACAUGGUGCGGCGGCGGCGUCUCGUCUCUACGUGGACGCAGUGGGGAAGCUGGGCAGGCAGGCGCAACAAGGAACAUGGGGCGGUUGCGCCGACAUAGGAACGGCGCUCAUGAAAGUCGUAGAAGUGUACAGGGAAAUACAAGAUCAACAAAUGAACAUCUUGAAGGCGUUCUACGUAGAUCUACUGGUUCCCUUGGAAACUAAUCUCGAGAAAGAUACAAAAGUAGUGCAGUCGGAACAAAAGAGAUUCUUACAGCAACACAAAUUGCGUUCUGAGAGCUACAGCAAGGCUGCUGCGACAAUAAAGAAACAGAGGAAAAAGAAAACGAACGUGACCAAAGUGGGUUCUGCUAUGGAUAAAGAAAUGAAGAAUAUGCAAAUUUUGGAAGAAGAGAAAACAAAACUGGAUGCGUUCUGCGAACAAAGCUUAAAGAAUGCUAUGACCCAAGAGCGUCGCCGCUACGGCUUCGUUUUAGAACGCCAGUGCUCUCUUGCGAAGCAUUGGCUCGCCUACCACACCGCCGGUGGGGCGGCGUACAGCGCGGGUCUGGACGAAUGGCUCGAAGUUUCUAGAACCAGAGAGUACUUGCCACCGAACGUCGAAGCGAUGUUCGUUAGCAGGAUGCGGCAAGUCUCAUUUUGGGCCGACGAAGAUGUAUACGCCAGUCCUCGUGCAGGCGACGAUGACGACAGAGCUUCAGUAGGUUCGGCUCUGAGGAAAACGAGAUCAGUGGACGCGUCUUGUCUCGAUGUGAGGUCCAUUGGAGAGCUGGGUUCUCCUGCUCAGGGCCUGUCUCGUGCCAAAUCCGAUUUUAAUUUACAAGCAAGCUCGCACAACGACGGUGAUAUCCAAACUGAGUCGCGUCCGAAUACCCGUCCAUCUUCAUUAGCCCCUCCAACGUGUACCACUCGGGACCCUCCCCUGGCUAGAGCCUUGUACGCAUACUCUGCGGCCGGAGACAACCAGCUCAGCUUCCAGCAAGGAGACGUUUUAGCAUUGCUCGGCGAGAGAACCAAAGGAUGGCAGUACGGAGAAAAUUUGCGGACUCACCACGCUGGCUGGUUCCCUCUUGCGUACACCGAACCGAUAAUGAACGAGGAGCCUACUGGGUCUCCGGCGCGUUGGAGCAGCGCUCAGACGCCGAGUGAGGCGCCCCCGCCGGCACCGCUCGCGCAUGCGCAGACCACUCCACACGUUGCGCCACCGACCCCGCACUCCCACCCCCCCGCACGCAUGUUCGGCGACACUGUCACUGCACACCAUGUCUCUAAGGGUCGUCUUGGGAAUGGCUCUCCUGGUCUUCCACCAACAUUACCGGCUCCGUCUCCUAGUGCGCUCAGCUCAUCGGCAAGUGCGACUUUCCAUGCUCCGACCCCAGGGGCGGGCGGCGUCAGUGCUAUAAAGAAUUCAACUUCAGCAGCGAGCUUCACGACCCACGCUGUCAUUGAGACCCGAAGCUUUGGACCACAAACACUACCAAUGCGCUCUCAGAUGGCCCAAAAUAAAACUGGUCCCGCUAAAACCGUAGUGAGCGCAGUCGGAGCUGUGGGAAACGUAUCGCUACACAGCUCUAAUGAUUCUGGAUUUUCAAACGAGCCUCCGCCGCAGCCAGACAUCGAUUACAGUGACGAAGAAGCUCAACGCCUGCGAGUGCCCAUCAGUAAAACCGCUGAACACAAAGCAUAUCUACUCAAAACGCAAAGCUUGAAACGAGGUCCAAAGCACAACAACAAUACCGCGAACGGGUACCUGACCGACGACCAACAACUUAUAUUACGCAACAUGCUGGAUAUGGACAAAGAUUCGCAGAAAGUCAAAAGAACCAAAUCGUUCUGGAAGUUCGGACGGACUACCGCAGAGGAAAUAAUGGAAGGCAUGUCAUUGUGGCAGCACAGAGAUAUUGUUGACACUGUACCUGAAUUCAAAAAGAAACUUUUUGUUAAAAUAAAAAAAGAGCUUAGACCUGCCCCCGAGGUUCCCGAAACACGAAAACAAGCUAUACCUGAGAAAAUUCAAACGCCUACUGUCCAAGAAAACAUUCAACAUCGUUCAAAAGAAACCAUUGAUAGAAAGGAAAUGAAAAUGAACAAGGGUAUACGGCAAGCGAGGAGCCUGGGGUCGAUACAAACCGAAGAACAAAUUGAAAAAGCCCGUAAAAAUCGCGAAGGAUACCAACCCACACAAACUAUAAACAAGAAGAGUAUGUCAGAAAAGUCCAUUGCCGAAGAGAAGCACGAAGACUUCGUACAGAGAAACGAAUCACGUCAUUCUGAUCUGACCAAUACGAGUACCAUAAAGACUAACUUUGAGAAUAGUUUUUACAAUGAUGAAAACGGUGAAGGGUUCGUUAUGAAAACCGUGAAGAGAAGAGAAAUAUUACAGAGAUACGAUAAUGACAGUAGUUCAGAAGUCAAUUCUGUAGCUUCGAGUACCGACCCGUAUGACUGCAUUAUAGUUGAUGAUCAUAUGACGUCCAGGAAGCAACAAGAAGUUGAAAAACGUAGACAAGCACAGAUGAGCGAUGAAGAGGUAAAGAAACGCAAAGAAAACUCCUAUAUGCCAGAAUUUGAAGAAAUUGAAGUAACUCCUAUUAAACCACACGUCAGGGCUACGUUAUCUUCAGAAAAAGUGAAGGCAUCAACACGCGAACGUUCACCACCAAAGGUUAUGGAAUUCAAAACGUUUAAAGAUACAUCGAAGGAAAUCAAAACAUUUUCGGCUUCAUCAGAAACCCUAAAGUACAAAGAUAAUGAACAGCCAACUGACCGUUACGGUAUUCCGAUGGAACGUAAUAACAUUGAAACUCAUGACGAAAAUACAUACAACGGACAUGACGAAGGGACUCUUAAAUACAACAAAAAACGCUCCAGUGUCGACGACAAAAACCGUUCGCCGAAUAAUUUUGAGAACAACAAGAAUCACAAGAAAGAAUACCCACAAGCUGAAUCCAGGAACGCAACGAAAGAAUCAAGACCGAAAUUCGAGAGCCGUGAACGAGAACCGAGGAUCGACUAUUCAUUAGACAGACGUCAAGUCAGAAAAGAAUUUACAGAGUCGAAGUCAAGAGACACAAGAAACAGAAACAGAACAAACAGAAGCUAUGACGAUAGCACUUUACAAUACAACGGACGUAGAGAAGAUAAAUACUACGAGACCAAUAUAUCGUACUUCAGUGACCAAGAACGACGUGUCUCACGAUACGACUACGAGACGGAUUCGAAGAAAGCUGAGAAGUCGAAAAUACGUCAAGAGGAGGCUCGAUUGGAAGCCAGAAGAUUUGUGGAUAGACGUAGCGAAGGCCCGUAUAGCGAGUCCGACGAUCAAAAGUUCAAUGAAGCUUUAAAACAACAAAGACCACAGCUAUUGCCUCGAACAAAGCUGCUGAAACGGGCAGCAGAUGGUAAUGAUUUGCCAGAGGAAGGACACACUUUCGGGCCUUGGUAUGAUUUAUGGGGAAGGGAAGCCGUUGUUUACAAGUAGUUUUUAAAAGGUUUUGUUUGUUUUGUGAAUGUUAAUCACUUCGCUUUGUUUAUGUAGAUAGAGAUAAGUUAAAAUUUCUUUGUUUUUGGUUUUCCGCAAUUUAUUAUUAUUAUUCUGGGUUUUUAUUAUUAUUUUAGUACUUUUUAGUGACAGUUGAGAUUCGUAAUGUUUUUAAAUUUUUAGUAUGUACAUAGAAUACUUGUUAUAUUUCUGGAAUUAUAUUAUUUAAUUUAGGGAAUAAAAUACGUUUCAGGCCUCAACAAUUCGCUACGGUAAAGUUAAGGAAGGCAUUGACAAACGAUCGCUCGUCACCUGCCAUUGAAUAAUAUUUAUGAUACUUAUACGAUACAUAAUUACAAAUAUUUUGUUAAUUAAUAUUAAAUGUAAAUUAGGAACAUCAUGUAUUUUGUACAGUUAAAUAUUCAUAGUCUAACAAGAAAUAUAUCACAAUUUUUAAUAUAAUCCCAAA